GGCUGCUGUGUCCGGAGCCGCCUGUUAAGCUGGUCACUGUCUUUUCAUGGAAGGCCACACCUUGUGCACACUGACCACCCAUGGACAGACCCCCCCGGCAUGAACCCCAACCCGUCCCAUCCAAUGACCCCACAGUGUGGGGUGGGGAGGAGCUGUCAGCAGUGGAUAAAAGCCCCCGGGGUCUGCAGCUCAGCUCCAAGCUCUGAGUGCUCCCACAGCCACACGCCAACCCCACCGCCACCAUGGUGCACUGGUCCGCCGAGGAGAAGCAGCUCAUCACCAGCGUCUGGGGCAAAGUCAACGUGGAGGAAUGUGGUGCCGAAGCCCUGGCCAGGCUGCUGAUCGUCUACCCCUGGACCCAGAGGUUCUUUGAUAACUUCGGGAACCUCUCCAGCCCCACUGCCAUCAUUGGGAACCCCAAGGUCCGUGCUCAUGGCAAGAAAGUGCUGAGCUCCUUUGGGGAAGCCGUGAAGAACCUGGACAACAUCAAGAACACCUACGCCAAGCUGUCGGAGCUGCACUGCGAGAAGCUGCACGUGGACCCCGAGAACUUCAGGGUGAGAUGCUGAGGUUGCCUGUCUGUC